ACUUUGCGCAGCAUUUCUAGGGCUGGGAGAGAAAGCGUCAUACGGGAUAUUUUCUUAAAGUGUCGAAGAAUCGUUUUAUACGGAUGUGAACAAUUUAUUUCGGUACAUUAUUGAGGGUUUUUUUUUGUUUGUUGUUGUUAGCGUUGAAUAAUUAAGAGUGACUGCUAUUUAGAUUUUCCUACAUGCAGGGCACUAUGAACAUACUCCAUAAAUUUAGCGCCCACCCGGAUACACGCUGCUGGUAUGUUGCCUGGAAUCCGACGGGCACAUUACUUGCUUCGUGUGGUGGAGACCGGGCUAUUCGCAUAUGGGCCAGAGAAGGGGAUUCUUGGGAAUGUAGGUUUGUGCUGCCGGAGGGACACCAGCGCACUAUCAGAAAGGUUGCCUGGUCACCUUGUGGGAACUACCUUGCUUCUGCGAGUUUUGAUGCCACCACCUGUAUUUGGGGAAAAAAAGGAGAUGACUUUGAGUGCCUGACUGUACUGGAGGGCCAUGAAAAUGAAGUGAAGUGUGUAUCUUGGGCUCCUUCUGGCAGUUUGCUGGCUACCUGCAGCAGGGACAAAAGUGUGUGGGUCUGGGAAGUGGAUGAAGAGGAUGAGUAUGAGUGUGUAAGCGUAGUUAAUGCUCACACACAGGAUGUCAAGCAUGUGGUAUGGCACCCCACAAAGGAGCUUCUGGCUUCAGCAAGCUAUGACAACACUGUGAGACUGUACAAGGAGGAGGAUGAUGAUUGGGUUUGCAAGGCCACAUUGGAGGGACACACCGCUACCGUCUGGAGCUUGGCAUUUGACUCCAGUGGUCAGAGGUUGGCUUCCUGCAGCGAUGAUCGAACGGUCAAGAUUUGGAAAGAGUGCCACCCUGAGGAUGAGCAGGGGGAGGGGAGAGCCAGCACUGACCCUGAGUGGAAAUGUGUCUGCACCUUGUCAGGGUUUCAUAGCCGUACAGUUUAUGACGUUGCAUGGUGUCAGCAAACAGGUCUCCUGGCAACUGCUUGUGCUGAUGAUGGCGUGCGUGUAUUUAAGGAAGAUUCCAACUCUGACUGCCAUCAGACCAUUUUCUCCUUGUCUGUCCACAUACCCAAGGCUCACAAUCAAGAUGUGAAUUGUGUUGCUUGGCAUCCUAAGGAGGCGGGAUUAUUGGCCUCCUGUAGUGAUGAUGGGGAGAUUGCCAUCUGGAGCUAUCAGUCAGAGACCUAAGACCUGUCCAUUUUAAUUUUGGAGAACUUUGACAGCACUGAAAUCUGUCUAUACCUAAUUUUUUGGUUAUGAGAUAUUCUACAUUCUACAUAUUUGUGUAUCCCCAAGUUUUGUGUAUCCCCAGAGACCAUUGCUUAUCCAUCCCCUGACUCAUUGCUAAUUUUUCUUUUAUCUGCCUUUUGUCUUAAUUGAGUAAUAUACAGAACCCAAUAUACAAUUAGUCAGACAUGUAUCUGUAGAAUUCUUGACCCAAUACCCAACUUUACUCAGACUACAAAUAAAAAUAACAAAUAUUAAUAAAAAUAUAAGAUUAACAGACAAGAUAACAGAAUUUUAUUUUGAACAUACUGCCUAACCGCUACAGAAGUUUGAAUACAUAACAUGGUAGUGUUAUUCUCUUCAGUGAAUUGCAUGAAAAGUGCUGUGUCUCCUUGUACUGAAAAAUAUGACUAUACAACAGAA